AUGGCGAACGACGACCACAUCCGGAGCACACUGGAGCAAGAUCUACUACGCCGUAUGGACCAGUGCCAGCGUUCCAUCGACGCCUCGACUCACACAGUCGCUCGGCUUGAGAAAAGCAUCCAGCAUCUCGGCGGGCACAUGGAAAAGGCUAACACGCUCCAAAUACUCGGCGUCAGCGGGCCGUCCGGGUUCGCGGAGCGAGUCUACGACCUGAUCCGCAUGAAGGCCGACGAGACGCGGGGCACGAACGACAAGUACUUCGUCUACCACCCGGACAACUUCUGGUACGCGGCGUUCCACAGCCUGGUCGAGCGCAACGGCGGCGGCGGCGGCCUUCCGGAGUCGUUUUGCAUGAAAUCGGACUCGUUGGACGCGCUCUGCCUCCACAUGCAGAGCCUGCGGAGCAUGCUUCCUGGCGGGGAUAAUGCUACGUUCCACAUCCUGAUACCCGCUUGGGACAAUAUUUGUAUCAGCGAGCCGCUCUGCUUUCCGGACGAGCUUUUUCCCCUGAGCAUCGAAGGCACGACGUAUAGUGGCUGGCCGUUCGUCACUAUGAACGUUCCACGGGCACCGAGGGGUUUGCUCCGCAGCGUAUCGAACAAAGUGCAGCCGGAGUGGCUCAAUCCUUUUGCCAAAGUCCUGUCGAGCGCGGCGUUCGGGGCGGGAAUGAUGGGUGUUGGCUGGGCCAGCCUGUGGGCGGCUCACUCGUACUUUCCGGACGUUACAUACGCGCCUUACGCCAUCAGUUGCGUCGCGGGUGUAGCUUCCUUCAGUCCUCUCAGGUAUCUUACUGCUGGAUUAGAGAACCACGUGAGAGUGACUCCUCCGAGACUGGUGGGUUCAGACAAAAGGCUGGAGUUGAAAGAAAUCAACAGGAGGACAUAA